UUUACUCAUAGAGUCAUAGUUCAAACUCGACAUUGAAUUUUAAAAUCAAACGCGUAAAAUCUAGCCAGAAGUCAGCUGUAUCCCCCUAAAUAUUCCCCGAAAUCUCAACUGUAAACCCUUCACUCCAACAGUCAACUUCACCACUAAAAAAAGCAACUUCUCCACCUUCAAAACGCCAUUUUUGGAGCUUCAUCUCUAAUGGCAUGGCAAUAAUCUCUCUUCAAACCCUCCAUUCUUCCACACUAAUCCUCUUCCUCCUCUCCACUCUCCUCUUCUUCUUCCUCUCAACCCCAUAUUCUCUCUCCUCCAUUUCCACCCCUUCUCACAGAUCCCUCCUCUCUAUCCCCACCUCUAAACGCUGUUCAAUCCUCUCCAUUAAUGGCGGAUUCCUCAAUUACCUCUCCCUCCAUUCCUGCUUCUUCCCUUCCAACCCCAUCUUUUCUCUUCUCAUCCUCUUUCUCACCCUAUUACUCCAUUUUUACAUCCUCAUCAAAACCGCCCAAACUCGGUUUUCAAUCAUCGUGACUACCCUUUCUUCUCACCUUUCUCUCUCUCCUUCAAUGGCUGCCGUAACGCUCUUAGCUCUCGGAAAUGGUGCUCCCGACGUCUUCGCCUCGGUUGCCGCCGUUGCCGGCGGCGAAACUCGAACUGGGUUUGGGGCAAUUUUGUCGGCGGGAACUUUUGUGUCGGCUUUUGUUGUGGGGUUUGUUGGGAUCUAUGCGGCGCCGUUUUGUGUUGAUCCGUCGUCGUUUGUGAGGGAUGUGUUGUUCUAUUUGAUGGCUGCGUUUCUUCUGUUUUAUGUGUAUUUAAGUGGGGAGUUGUAUUUUUGGCAGGCUUUUGGAUUUGUGGUGUUUUAUUUGUUUUUCGUUGGGUUUGUUUUUUGGAUGGAUUUUGGAAGGGGGAGUAAAAUUGUUGAUUUUGAGGCGCAAAAAAGUGUCGAAAUGACGCAAUCUGAAAAGGGUGGUCGUCAUAUUCAUGAAAUUCAUUCUGGGGUUUUUCCAGAUUUGAAGAAGAUCUCAAAGAUAUGGGAGGCUCCAGUCUCUCUGCUUCUGAAGCUGACUAUUCCCCAGACUUCGCCAUCCGAGUGGAGCCGGUUUUACCAGUCAGCAAAUAUUGCUCUUUGUCCCCUUGCGCUUCUUUACUCUUGCAAAUCAUUUAUGCCCAUGUCACAUCCUGUUAUAUUUUUGAUUCCACAUAUGCAUCUUCCUCUAUGGUCAGUGAUACUCUUCUCAAGCUCUUCUCUUGCAAUACUCCACUACAUCGUUGAAAAGGAACCUCCCAAGACCGAGCAAAUCCAUGUUGUGCUAGUUGCGUUUGUGAUGAGUGUCUUCUGGAUAUCCAAUGUAGCUGGAGAACUACUCAACUGUCUAGGAGCAUUAGGGAAGAUUCUGAAUUUGCCACCCUCAAUUCUUGGGCUAACAGUGCUUGCAUGGGGGAACUCAAUUGGCGAUCUUGUUGCUGAUGUGGCAGUUGCUAAAGCAGGCCAGCCUGCAUUGGCCAUGGCUGGAUGCUUUGCGGGCCCAAUGUUUAACAUGCUUAUUGGGCUUGGCACGGCUUUAAUGAUACAGACAGCCAAGUUCUAUCCUGAACCAUAUGUGCUCCAUUUCCAUGUCAGCAUUGUGAUAGCAUUUGUAUUUUUAUUUUUGAGCUUGAUGGGAUCACUUCUAGUUGUAACUUGGUCGAGAUUCCGGGUUCCAAGGUUCUGGGGUUUCUGUCUUGUUGGCCUCUAUGUUCUCUUCAUCUUUGUGAGCCUUGUCAUAGCCAAGUUUACUGCCUGAUCAACUUACAAAGACCACUUGGAUGAUACAGGGGGCCAAAUAUUCUUCUUUCCUAAACUUGCUAGUGCCAGGUAAGGCACUACGCAGUAAUAUGGGGUGUAGUGAUAACUCUGAUUAUUAGAUCAGUUUCCAUUAUACGCUCUUUGUUUGUGCAUAAUCUGCUUUCAGAGUUUGGAGCAACAGAGAAGCAAGGUCACUGGUUUUGGCCUUCAUCAGAUUCGAAGGAAAUCAAAUAUUCUUCCACUGCAGUGAUCAAUCUGUGGAAAAAAUUGAUAGAUGCUUGCUUAUUAGAGUAUAAAGGCUUCCUUCUUCCUGGCAUUUGGGAGCUCAGAUGAUGUUAACUGUAAGUAAAAUACACGUACUGUAUAUUACGCAACUUGAGUUGAUUCUUUUGGGAUGUAAACUGUCACGACUAUGUAAAGGUUUACCUGGAUUGGGGACAAUGGAGUGGGGUAGUAACUUCAGGCUGUCCAGAAGGGGGGGGGGGGGGGGGGGGGGUGUGGUUCGUAAGGGUUCUGGCUCAUUUUUGUUGGCCGGAACGGGGUUAAAUGCUGGGGGACUGUCAUCUAUUUUCCCACUGUAACUGUAAAACUAGUGAUUUGUGAAAUGAAAUCUUUUCUCAGAGGUCAAAAUAUUGAGACUUAUCCAGAGUCCAGACCACUUAUA